ACAUCCCCUCUUAGUUUGAACUUGAAGUGUUGUUCUUUCCUCAAGCCACGGUUUGAAGCCACUAAUUUGGUCUUCAUAUGAUAACAAAUUCAGGACAGACUGUACUAUUGAUAAGCGAAAAACUGACCUGCUAACAACUACCACACUGGCAUGUCCGAACAUACUUUGAUGCAAAAGAUGUCUCGAGUUUUUAGACUACUUACUGCAGUUUUCCUCACAUGCUGUCAUGUAAGACUGGUAACUUGCGACUUCGCGUGUCUAUGCACGUAUGCCGUGGAAACCGAGGUUCACGUCGCAAAAGAUUCAUCUUCAAAGAUAAUUGGUUAUUUGUACGAGUUUGAUUGCAAGGCAAUAUAUGCUUUGGCCACGAAUGACAACACCUGGACCGCAAUAGACUUCGAAAAACAAGUCGGUUAUAUUCAGAAGACAACAAAUGAUUUGAUACAAAACUGUCCCGGAAAUCCCGAUGCUGCCGACAUAGUGACAUCUACACCAGCCACGUCGUCACCAAUUACGCAUCAAGCUCCGACAGCGUCUUCACCAAAUACUCCAGCUCCGACAACUAAACCGACUACUUCGGCUCCGAUAACAUCUCAGCCGACUAGCCAAGCCCCAACCUUUGCUCCAACGACUUCUCCUACUCCAACAACACCAGCAUCGACCACAGCCAGACCAUCCAUGGCAGUUCCGACAACACAUUCGACGCAAACUCAAACUCUAACUACUGCUCUACCGACAACAGCCAUACCAUCCACAGCAGUUCCGUCAACAGUUUUGCUUACUACUUAUUCUUCGACAACCGAUCCACCGACAACAGCCAUACCAUCCACAGCAGUUCCGACAACAAAUAUGUCGACUAAUACAGCUCCGACUAACGCUCUACCGACAACAACGAUAUCAUUCACAGCGGUUCCGACAACAGUUCUGUCGACUUUUACAGCUCCGACUACGGCUCUUCCGACAUCAACCAUACCCUCCACAGCGGUUCCGACAACAGUUUUGCUUACUACUAAUUAUUCGACAACCGAUCUACUGACAACAGCCAGACAUUAUACAGCAGUUCCGAUUACCGUUCUGCCGACUUUAACAGCUCCGACUACCGCUCUACCGACAAAAAUCAUACCAUCCACAGCACCUCCAAUUACCACUAUACCGACAUACAAAUGCCCCCUUAAUGUCGUCACCCACGGUGGACACGUCACGGUUCAUGGUGACAGCUGUUUUGAAAUCGUGGCUCAACCAAUGACAUGGAAUGAUGCCGAACGUCACUGCAACGCAAACGGAGGUCAUCUUGCGUACAUCACCAGUCAAGCAGAAGAGGACUUUAUUAUGAACUUCGGCUACAAAAGCGGGUUUAAGCAUCCCGUGUGGAUCGGACUCUCAGACCAGGGUAAAGAAGAGCACUGGUCCUGGACAUCGGGUUAUCCUUUCACGUGGUCCAAUUGGUUCCAGUUCCGAUACCACUAUCAAACGCACUACUGGGAGAAUUGUGUUGCACUGGUUCCCGACAUUCACUUAACUUACGGUACCCAUACAUAUGGCAAAUGGGAUGAUCUGCAGUGUGGUCUCUUCAAGUCGUCACUUUGUCGAUAUGAUGCUCAUCCAAUGCAGCCAGUAACGACGCCCGCUCAUGGAUUGGGAGAAUUCUGGGCAAAUCUGGCUCUUAACUUAAUUGGAUAACAGCAGUGAACAAUAUUGUACACGAUUAUGUCAACAAGCAAUUUUAUUAUUUUUCUUUAACCAAUUUUCUGACGAAAUCGUUGCAAAAUAUAAUUCUACUGUAAAAGCAACGCACAAAGAGCGUUUAAUUUUGACAA